GUAUCAUCUCUCAGCCCUCCUCUUGCACGCGCGUAAAACCUUGUACCCACUACUGACAAAAUGGCGAUAACUCGGAGAACUCUCGCGUGCAGGUCGUUAGCUCUGAGAGCAGCGGCAGUACUGUCUGUGUUCCUCGUGGCCCCAGUGCCACACCGGAGAGCUACCGCUUUCUCAUGGCAAGUCUUUCCCGGCAGCAAACCAGCGGGGUCAGGACAAGCAGUCGGAGGAAGGUGGAUGGGGUGGGAGGCGACAGGCGCUGGGAUACGAUGCUCUGCUGCUAGGGCAGGGAAAGACGGCGGCUGCAGCGCCAGACACACGGGGAGGCUGGGCAUGGUUGCGAGCAACCCGAUGGACGUCGCGCCGAAGGGCCGCCCGCUCCUCGACGAACAGUCACCCACGUCGGCGUCUGAUUCAUCGGCGACGGUGGUGUCGCCGGGAAGACCUCGGCUGCCUGCCGAGCGUAACGUCAACGCCUUCAUGAAUGACUUCAACGCCGGGGUCGUCGACUUUCUCAAAGGCCUCAUGGUGCAGUACUACGGCGAGCGCACGUACGCGAGGUUCUACGCGCUGGAGACGAUCGCCCGCGUGCCGUACUUCGGCUACCUCUGCGUCCUUCACCUUUACGAGACGCUUGGCAAGUGGAGACAGGCGGAGUACCUCAAGGUCCACUUCGCCGAGAGCUACAACGAGCUUCACCACCUCCUCAUCAUGGAGGAGCUCGGAGGGAACGUGCUCUUUAGAGACAGGUGGUUUGCGCAGCACGCGGCGUUUUUCUACUUCUUCGUUGUGGUCGGGCUGUACCUUUCCAACCCGAGGAAUGCGUACAACUUGAACCAGCACGUGGAGGAACACGCGUUUUCGACGUACGACAGUUUCCUCUCGGACAACCAAGAGGCGCUCAAGCAACAGCCGGCGCCGGAGGCAAGUCUUGGGUGUUUGGUUCGCAAUGACGAAUGGGAACACGUGAAGACGAUGAAGGCAAUGCAACUGGACGUCCCUCCCCAGAGGGCAUGA